UUUCUGUUCAGUGUAGAUCAAAUUUGAAAAUGUCACACAAAGUUUAGUAAAUUUCAAAUUCUUUGCAGUUACACAAAUUCAACACCAGCCAGCUUUUAGCGUUGCAACAAUCCAGGCUGCAACAUGGCCAAUAAGUUCUACUACUUUGGCUUCGGCAGCAAUAUGCUCGCCCGCCGCAUACACAUACAGAAUCCCACGGCACGACGCAUUGGCGCCGGCAAGCUGGAGAACUAUCGCCUCGAUUUCCAAGGGGUCGGCUCGAAUACCUGGCUGGGAGCACCGGCGACAAUUGUGCCCACGCCCGGCUCUGAUGUGUUUGGGGCCAUUUGGGAGAUAGAUAUGUGCAAUCUCAAGGAUUUGGAUAGUCAGGAAGGCGUGUCCGAUGGCCUCUACAUACCCAUCAACGUGCCCGUGCAAUCCUUGAACACCAAUUCGGAAAUCAUCUGCCGCGCCUACCACCUCAGCAAUCAGCCGGAGACAAUUGUGCACGGACAGGCGGCGGCGGCUGCGGCUGACGUUGAGGUGCCAUCGAAUCGCCAGCCCUCGCACACAUACCUCAAAGUGCUCGUUAAGGGUGCCGAGGAGUCGGGCAUACCCGGCGACUAUGUCAAAUGGCUGCGCGGCCUCAAGCACAACGGCAAUCACGUGGAGGCCAUGGAACUCAAACUGAAGCUGUCCACAGUGAAGCUCAGCUAAUAUUGGCCAUUGUUUUCAACAGCUAACAAUUUAAGUUGCCAAUUCUUGAUUUGUGUAUUCCCUUUCUGUGUAUAAAUUUUAUGAAUAAUAUGUAUAUGUAUAUGUGCGUGUAUACCCG